UGGAACAGAAAGGAGUGUUGAGAAAUAAACCAAGAAAUCCAGUUUAAUGCCCUUAGAUUGUCUCCCACACUUCCUAGUAUAUUGUAUCUGGUAGGCUUCAAUAAAAAGUAUACAGUGCAUGUAGUAGGUGACCAAUACCAAUGAACUAAGAUCACUCUUCUUUUUCUUCUCAAGAGUUGAGAGCCUGGUAUGCUCAUCAAUCAUCUAGAGUGGAAUGUGUUAGAAGAGUGUUAAUGGGUGUCACUCAAGGUCUCUUUCUCUGACUUCUGUGCUCAUGGCAGGAGGGAACCAGAGCAGCAUCUCCGAGUUCCUCCUCUGGGGACUGUCUGAGCGGCCAGAGCAGCAGCACAUGCUCUUCCUGCUGUUCCUGUGGAUGUAUGUGGUCAUUGUGGCCGGGAACCUGCUCAUCGUGCUCGCCAUUGGCACUGACAGGUGUCUCCACACCCCCAUGUACUUCUUCCUUGCCACCCUGUCCUGUGACGACAUCCUUUUCACCUCCACCACCGUGCCUAAGGCCCUGGUGAACAUCCAGACCCAGAGCAGGUCCAUUUCCUAUGCAGAAUGCCUGGUUCAGCUCUACUUCUUCUUGACUUUUGGGGACAUGGACAUAUUUCUCCUGGCCACAAUGGCCUAUGACCGCUACGUGGCCAUCUGCUACCCUCUCCACUACACAGUGGUCAUGAGCCACCGGCGCUGCGUCCUCCUGGUUACUGCCUGCUGGACCCUUACUAGUCUUGUUGCCAUGACCCAUACCUUCCGAAUAUUCCGACUUUCCUUCUGCUCUAAGAAGAUCAUUCCCGACUUCUUCUGUGACCUGGGACCCCUGAUGAAGGUGUCUUGCUCUGACACUAGGGUCAAUGAGUUUGUGCUCUUCUUCCUGGGGGGAGCAGUCAUUUUAAUCCCCUUUGUGCUCAUCCUGGUCUCUUAUAUCCACAUUGCUUCAGCCAUCCUUAGGGCCCCCUCUGCCCAAAGGAGGUACAAGGCAUUCUCUACAUGUGGAUCCCACCUUGCUGUUGUUGCCUUGUUCUUUGGGACUGUGAUCAGGACUUAUCUGCGCCCCUCGUCCUCUUCCUUAAACUCAGUAGAAGAUGAUGUAUCAGGGGCCGUCAUGUACACAGUGGUGACUCCCCUGCUGAACCCCUUCAUUUACAGCCUGUGCAACAAGGACAUGAAGAGGGCCCUGGGGAGGCUUGUCAGGGGCAAGGUUUCCUUUUCAUGAGGCAAAUGACUCCUGCAGAGAAACUGCAGGUGUCCUCCAUCCCCUCAGUGAGGAACGUCACAGAAAUUUCUACCUCGAGUGUCUCAUUUCUGAUUCCCACAUGCACCUUGUCACCACUCCUCUCCCCUGACUCUGCACCAUGAGUUUGAUAUUAUUGAGGAAAAUCAAGAUUUUGUAUAUUUCUUUAUAGUUAAUCUGUUAAGAGUGGCAUAUCUAUUCACUUAUUUUACUUAUAAAAAAACUUUCAUGAAA